CAACACCACCUUCAUCGUGGUCGUCGUCGUCGUCGUUGUGGACGUUGCCGAGAUCUGCAGAGCCGUGGCAGUCGCGGCGGCAUUUCGCAGCGAGACACCGAACGUGCCUGACCUGAACCUGAGGUGGGCAGCACCAGCAGCAGCAGCACCAGCAGCGAGUUCAGCGAGCAUCAAGUGACCGAGACCGAUCGCUGAUCGAGACCGUGCUUCACGAUGGCCAUCGAUCAGAAGCUGGAGGAGUUGAUGGGAUUGCUUGGGGACUUUGGCCGGUACCAAGCGUUCCAGUUCGUGCUGCACCUACUGGCCGCCGUAACGGCCGGUUUGCAUAUGCUGUCACUGGUGACGGUGGCUGCCGUGCCCGAGCAUCGAUGCUAUGUGGAUGCCCUGGACUCACCGGCCGCCACCGCGAAUGGUACGAUCGUACCGACGAUGAGCGCUCUGCUCGCACACAUCCCACUGGACCAGCACGGUGAGCUGGACUCGUGCCGGAUGUUUGACAAUGGAACGGCCGUGGCUUGCAGCGCGUUUGUCUACAACAACACCUACUACCAAUCGUCUCGUGCGAUCGAAUGGAAUCUGGUGUGCGAUCGCCGGUGGAUGGGUGCUCUCGGGCAGACGAUCUACAUGCUGGGUGUGUUCACUGGUGCGGUGUGGUUGGGCGGACUAGCGGACAAGGUCGGCCGGAAGAAGGUGUUCUGUUGGUCGGCUCUGCUGCAGCUGAUCCUCGGUGUGGCGGUCGCUUUUACGCCCGAAUUCAUCUCCUUCCUGGUGCUGCGCUAUCUGUACGGUAUCUUCGGUAGUGCCGGCAGUUACAUCACCGGAUUCGUGCUGACGAUGGAGCUGGUCGGGCCGAGCAAACGGACUCCGUGCGGUAUCUCGUUCCAGGGUGCGUUCGCUGGCGGUAUCAUGCUGGUGGCGGCCUGGGGUGCCCUCAUUCCCGACCGGAUGAUCCUGCAGGUUGUGUACGGAUUGCACGGGUUGCUGCUCGUGGCUCACUGGUGGAUCAUGGAUGAGUCACCGCGCUGGCUGUGGAUGCAGGGCCGUAAACGGGAGGCGGUCGAUAUCGUCGAUCGUGCGGUACGGAUGAACGGACGGGGUUUGAACGUGGACAAAGAGUACUACCUGAUCGAGGACAAGAUGGCGCGUAUCGAUGAACCGGCCAGCCAGAGUGCGGCCGGGCUGGCGGAUCUCUUCAAGACGCCCAAUCUGCGCAAGAUGACACUGAACGUGUGCUUGUGCUGGUUCGCCAACUCGAUCACGUACUACGGGCUGUCGUUGAGUGCUGGGAAGCUGAACGGAAAUCCCUUCUUGAUUCUCUUCAUCAUGGGACUGGUGGAGUUUCCGAGUUACAUUUCGAUCAGCUAUCUGCUGGAUAAGCUCGGUCGUCGAUCGAUCACCAGCUCGUUGAUGAUUGUCGGUGGUAUCUGUUGCAUCGUGGCGGCUUAUCUGACACGCGGAAGCACCGAAUCGACGUCGAUCGUGAUGUUUGGUAAGCUGUUCAUCGCCGGUUCGUUCGCCGUCAUCUACAACUACUCGGCCGAACUGUUCCCGACCGUGGUGCGUAACUCGGCCAUGGGGCUGGGGUCGAUGUGUGCCCGUUUGGCCGGUGCCAUGACACCGAUGAUCACGCUACUCGACUCGUUCGAUCCAAAGAUACCGGCCGUCAUUUUCGGUGUCAUCUCGCUGGUGUCCGGUACGUGGGUACUGUUCCUGCCCGAAACCAUGGGUAAGGCCAUGCCGCAGAGCCUACAGGAUGGGGAAAACUUUGGACGCGGUGAUACGGCCUUCUCGAGCUGCCUGGGACGGAACAAGACGCACACGGAAGAUUUCCCACCACCGCAGCAGAUGGUACCGAUGGGCAAAUCGGAGGUCACCGAUCGGUAGGGUGGGGGCGAGGGCACCAUCAACUCAAAACGCGCGUGUUCGAUUAGUAGUGUAAGCCAAUUCCUGUACCCGCGCUGGGUGACUGGGUGUCUGAAGGAGGACACUUUAAAUAUAUUUCUUUGUGAUCCAUCACAUUUCGUACAAGCGAA